CUCUCUCUCUCGCGAGGAGUCUUUGCCCUCCGUCGUUGGUUCUUCAUUUUCAAAAUUUCCUUUCGGUCAAAAAGCUCGAAGAGGACGACGGCACCGCGUGGGUUGCGUGCGGGACAAGGUGGCGGUUCUUCGCUGGGGCGGCGUUCGCAAUUUCUGUGCUAGGGUUUGAACCGGAUCUCAUUGGCCUUUCUAGGAAAGUCAUUUGUUACGUACGCCAUUGAAAAAUCUUUUGAUAGUCCAUAGCUCAGCUGGUGGGGCAUGGAACUCGAGAAUGAUGACCGGGAACCCAGACGAAGAAUGUCUUACGGCAGGACAAGCAGCAAUGGUUCUUCAUUGAGACGAGGCUCGUUGAGUUUGUCAAGUGUGUUCCCAAAUCAGAUGGAUGAUGACAUUGAAAGUGAGAGGGUUUCAGAGGCUGGCGAUAUCGGGGAUCGUGCUCUUAACAGUAAGAGGUACAGUGAAAGUGGCAGUUUGCGUUUAUCUGCAGAUCAUUCUAUAGAGAAUGGAAUAGUUAUUCGAACUCAAGAGGACACCCUGCUGCAUCCUAUUGGUUUUUGGUCUCGCGAUCUGUCGACUUUGAAUUCCAUCUCCCCUGUAUCACCCUUGGUGGAAGAGAUCAUAUCCCCUCUAUCAACUGAUGGAAUCUUGAGGCCCAUAGACGAAAAGAAGGAUGAAGAGAAAGUGUUGCCUCGGUCAUUGGAGUACAUAUCAUGUCUUGUUCAUCUUGCUGUUUUUGGGAUUCUAGGGGUCUUAACGAGGUAUUUACUUCAAAAGCUAUUUGGGCCUGCAGUUGCUGGAGUGACAAGUGAUACAACUAUAUUAUACCUUGAUCUUCCUUCAAACAUGGUUGGUUCUUUUCUGAUGGGAUGGAUUGGUGUUGUUUUCAAGCGAGAUAUAUCCGAAGUCUCUGAUUUUCUAGCAAUUGGAUUGUCAACUGGUUAUUUGGGUAGCCUUACAACUUUUAGUGGUUGGAAUCAGAAGAUGCUCGACCUUAGUGUGGAUGGCAAGUGGCUGUUUUCAGUCCUCGGAUAUCUAAUUGGAUUGUUUCUUGCAGCCUAUUCAAUUGAAUUCGGGGUGGAUACAGCGAAGGGCUUCCGAUGGUUAAUGGAGAAGCACCGUGCAAAUUCUAGCAACGACCUAUCUGCAAAGAGCUGGAGAGUAAACAGCCGUAAGCAUCACUUGUGUAUGAUUCUGAUGAUGGCACUGUUGUUGGGGUCAUUAUGGGCUCUCAGUGCGAUAAUGCUGAAACGUGAGUUUGGAAAUGGAGGCAGUGAUGCUCAACUGUGGUUGGGUUGCGUCAUCGGGCCAGUAGGUGUUUGGAUCCGGUGGUUCCUAGCACGACUGAAUGGGCGUGGGCUAGGAAAGACUGGUCUUUUGAAAUGGGUUCCAUUUGGGACUCUGAUUGCCAAUGUCUCUGCAGAUUGUGUCAUGGCAGCUCUCUCUACUACGAAGAAAGCAGUGAAUACCAAGAAUUGUGACACGGUUGUUACGGGCAUCCAAUUUGGACUUCUAGGCUGUCUGAGUACUGUGUCGACAUUCAUGGCCGAGUUCAAUGCGAUGAGACAAAGCAAGCACCCUUGGCGAGCUUAUGCAUACGCAAUUGCUACAAUAGCUGUCUCCUUCGGUUUGGGAAUCCUGAUAUACAACCUCCCUGUUUGGAUAAAAGGAUAUGAGUAAGCAUGUCGAGAUGGCCUCCUCCUACUUUACUUCGGACAACACGAGAGAACUCUGCCGAGUUACACCACCUAAGAGUUUUUUCAUGGUGCUUUGAGGCAAGCUCCAUUAUACGGAAGCAUGCAUUUUACCCACCAUGGUCAAGUUUCGACCCUGCAUAUGUUUCAGCAGAUAGCAAAUUACAACUUACACGAAACCGUGGAGUUGUACUUCUCACUUGUAAUAUGUAUUGGAAGACCUUUGCCUAUGUUCCUUGAGAAGUAAGUCCUCGUAACAACAUCCGAAA